AGGGAGUUGCGGAGUGGUGGGUGGGCGUAGCGCGGUAGUCGCCUUGAUCCGGACCACCGUGUGAUCCGGACACGGGCAGCAUCUCCACGCACCGCAUCUCGAGGCACGGAAAAGUUCCCGUGACAAGAAGGCGUGCCUCUGCUACCUCGUAGUGGAAUCCUUCGUUGCCUUCAACGCACCGCGAAACUAAUACAAUGGAAGAAGUGGACCAGAUAAUAAUCCAUGCACUGCGCCAGAUCGGUUGCGAGUUCGAUGAGGACGUUGUGUCGCUCAAGCAGUUUACGACGGAAGUCACUGUCGAAGCUGUCGUGCGGUGCCUUCGCUUGAUAUCGCCAGAAAAAGAGCUUCCCCUGCACAUAUCUACGAACAUGGUCGAACGCUAUAAUUUGGGAAUGACGCUGGCGAACGCUUGCAUCGAGCUGGGAUUCAAAGGAGACCUAGGCUACCAGACCUUCUUGUAUUCGAAUGAGGCGGAGAUGAGAAGGAUAUUUAUGUUCCUAUUCGAGAAGCUGCCCAAGGAAAGCGAGAAGGUUGCGGACCAGCAACUCGGGACAGCAGCUUUGAUUUCAAGGUCGAUAUCUGAGCAGAUUGCUAGGCAGUUGAAAGCGCCUUGGCUACCGAACUACUGCAAGAAGAGUGGGGUACGCUGGAAAGGAGGCCAUUGGUGGAAAGAGGACUACAGCAAUUCAAGCACGUUAAGAACAUGCAAGCUUACCCUUCCUGGAGACUGCCCUGGUGGCCUGACAGAGCCGCUGUGGAAGCAAGCUCUGGAUACAAGAAUGCUCGCUGCUUCAGUAUUUGAAGUGAAUGCAGCCUCAGCAGCUGCCUCGCAAGACCAAGAAGCUGAACUUCACCAAGCUGGUUUACUCUCAAAAGGCUCACAACAGGAACACAGGCAGCGAAAGAAAGAGCGCAUCCAGAAAAGGGUGGCUGACGCAUUCCAACAGUCUCUUCUCUCGGAGCAGUCCCGGGUGGAUGUAUCCAAGCUUCUGGCAUCCCUUUCCACAAGCAAUAAAGCCACAACCGCUAGGGAAUCAAAGUUUACAAGGACAGAGAAGCUGCAGUUCACAAAGGAUGAAGAGCCAAGGCAGGCAUCUGGGUCCCAGUUGGAACUUCAGAAGCAGAGUUCAGAGGAAGAGACUGAGGCCAAGGUUAAACAAAUGCAGAGCCAACUAGAAAGCAUCUCUGAAGUCAUUAGUCAGCUUGAAGGUCAAGAAAAGGAAGUGUCGGCAGCUUUGCAGCAGAUAAGCGGUGACAUAGAGAAAAAGAAGGCUCAAAGGUUGGAGCUCGAAAGCCAGAACGAGCUUGAGCACAAGGCACUAGCCUUGCUUCCUAAUGCCGACGAGAACAUCUUGAAGCUGCAGGCAAAAAUAGACGCUGCUGCUCAGAAACUGGUCAGCUUAUCGACGCAGUGGGAAAAGCAUAGGGCUCCUCUGAUCGAAGAGUACCGCCAGCUCAAGGAACAGUGCUCGAAACGCCUUAACGAGACUCAACAGAAGUUGGAAGAAAUCAAAGCCAUAAAAGACAAGAUGCGGGAGAUCUCUGAGCAGGCACGCACCAAGGAGGAGAUGCACAAGCAGUUGGUUGCGGAGUAUGAAAAGCUACCCAAGGAUGUGAACCGUUCUUCCUACACCAAGCGUAUUACCGAGAUUGUUGGCAACAUCAAAAAACAGAAAGAGGAAAUCGCAAAGGUUUUACUGGAUACCAGGAGCCUCCAGAAGGAGAUUAACCAACUCACUGGGAAGCUGGACAGGACAUUUACAGUCACAGAUGAACUAAUAUUCAAGGAUGCCAAGAAGGAUGAAGCUGUGCGGAGGGCAUACAAAUACUUGGCUUCAGUACAUGAGAAUUCAAACCAGCUUUUGCAAGCAGUGGAGGAAACAGGGUCAAUCACGCGAGAAAUGCGUGACCUGGAAGAUCAAAUAGAGCAGGAGAGCCAGAAGAAAGUCACAGCUAACUUGGAGAGGAUUACGGCCGACUACAAGCAGAUGAAGCAAGAAAAUGCAUCGCUACUAGCCCAGCUUAAAGGUCAAUAACUGUUGCAGAGGUAUAAAAUAUGUGCAGACAUUAUUUUUGUAGUUAAUUUAUAUAUUUCCGCAAAAUAAAGAGUACUAUACACAAAC